AAUUAUUUCAUGUAACAAACGGUCGCCAAAUAUAGUACUACAUACAAAAGGAGAAUCCUUUGUGUUUUCUGAUUGGGUCAUUGAAUUGAAGUGGAAGAAGAUUAGUUGAGACUUGAGACAAAGAGCGCGGGCGAAAUCCGGGGGUCGUGUCUCAGUCUAUGUGAACUGUCUGGUAAAGUCUACAACCUUCCCCUCUCUCUCUCUCUCUCUCUCGCAAAUGUCAAAUCAAUCUCAAGAAUGAGGAACUUGGUGCAACUAAGCAGCAUGGAGGAGGAUAUUGCUGCAACUACUUCUUGGCAAUCCUCUAUUUUCUACUUCAUCUCUUCCGCUUAUGCCGUCGUCUCUUUUGUUGCUCUCUUUCAAUUGGUUAGAAUUCAACUUAGAGUACCUGAAUAUGGAUGGACUACGCAGAAAAUCUUUCAUCUCAUGAAUUUCAUUCUCAACGGAGUGCGUGCUCUGGUUUUCGGAUUGCACACCCUACUUUUUCUUUUUCAUCCUAAGGUCUUCGUUUUAGUGCUAUUAGAUCUUCCAGGACUACUCUUUUUCUCAACAUAUACUCUUCUAGUCCUUUUUUGGGCUGAAAUUUAUCAUCAGGCAAGGAGUUUACCAACUGAUAUGCUCAAGAUAAUUUAUAUUUCAAUAAAUGCUGCCUUGUAUAUUAUCCAGAUUUGUAUUUGGAUAUACCUCUGGACAGACGACAACAGCGUUGUGGAGUUCUUUGGAAAGAUAUUUAUCGGAGGUGUGUCAUUUGUGGCUGCACUAGGCUUUUUACUAUAUGGAGGAAGAUUAUUUUGCAUGCUGAGGCAUUUCCCAAUUGAAUCUAAAGGGAGAAGGAAGAAACUUCAUGAGGUCGGAUCUAUUACAGCUAUCUGUUUCACCUGUUUUCUAAUACGAUGUGUUAUGGGUUUUUUGUCGGCAUUUGAUUCAGACACAUCUCUUGAUGUUUUGGAUCAUCCUAUUUUAGACUUGGUUUACUACAUGCUGGUUGAGGUCCUGCCUUCAGCUUUAGUGCUCUACAUCCUGCGCAAAUUGCCUCCGAGGAGGAUAUCAGCACAAUAUCACGCUAUUCACUAGCUGCGUGUUCUUAAUUUGCUGAUUGGUAAUGGUUUUUUAUGGUUCUUGGUUCAAUACUUUGAAGUUCAAUUAGAGAAACAGAUAAAGAAAAAGCAUCUCAUCUCAAUAUGGACUCACGGCAUCCAUUUCAAAUACAAAUUUUACUCAGGGAAAAUACAAAUUUUCCAUUAACCCUUAUCUCAGGGAAAAUACAAAUUUGUUUAUACAGGCUGAAUGUUAGUUUGAGGUACAGACUUGCAGUGAUGCAUCCAUUUCAUUCGGUUUGCCAUUAUUAUUAUUAUUAUUAUUAUUUAAGCUCUUUUUAAUUACUAUAGACAUAUACAUUAUCAGUUAAUAUUUCACAUAGAUGUUGGCAUCUCACAAA